AUGCGCAAGUUUAAGCGGCAGGUGGGUGAGCAGGAGGAGGAUACAGACCUUUGGAUCGGAUACUCUGCCUUUCAUUUGGGUGACUACAAGAGAGCUCUAGAGGAAUACGAGGCCCUAACCCAACAACCAGCUUGCAAUCCAGAUGUUUGGGUGAACCUUGCCUGUACAUACUUUUUUCUGGGGAUGUAUACACAAGCUGAACAAGCAGCCUUGAAAGCACCCAGGAGUCGUCUCCAGAACCGUUUGCUCUUUCACCUGGCACAUAAGUUCAAUGAUGAGAAGAAACUGAUGAGCUCUCACCAGAAUCUGCAAGACAUUACGGAAGAUCAGCUUAGCUUGGCAUCUAUCCACUACAUGCGGACCCACUACCAAGAAGCUAUUGAUAUCUACAAGCGCAUUCUUCUUGCAAAUCGGGAAUACCUGGCUCUGAAUGUAUAUGUGGCUCUCUGCUAUUACAAACUGGAUUACUAUGAUGUAUCACAGGAAGUUCUGGCUAUUUAUCUUCAGCAAGUUCCUGACAGCACUAUUGCUCUUAACCUUAAGGCUUGUAACUAUUUCCGGCUUUACAAUGGGAAAGCUGCUGAGGCAGAGCUCAAGAACCUGACAGACAGUGCCUCACCAUCUUUUGAGUUUGGCAAGGAGCUCAUAAAGCACAAUCUGGUGGUGUUCCGAGGAGGAGAAGGGGCUUUGCAGGUUUUGCCUCCUCUGGUUGAUGUUAUUCCUGAGGCAAGACUGAAUCUUGUGAUUUACUAUCUCCGGCAAGGUGAUGUACAGGUGGCUUAUAACCUGAUUAAGGACCUGGAACCUGCAACACCACAGGAGUACAUCCUGAAAGGAGUGGUAAAUGCAGCACUUGGACAAGAAUUGGGCUCGAAAGAUCAUCUGACAAUUGCUCAGCAGUUCUUCAAGUUGGUGGGUGAAUCAACCAGUGAAUGUGAUACCAUUCCAGGGAGACAGUGCAUGUCCUCCUACUUAUUUCUUACUAAACAGUUCAGCAAAGUCCUUAUGUACCUCGACUCGGUCAAGAAUUACUUCUACAACGAUGACACUUUUAACUUCAACUAUGCCCAGGCUAAAGCUGCCAUUAACAAAUUUAGUGAGGCUGAAAAGGUGUUCCUUUUGAUCCAGAGUGAGAAGAUAAAGAAUGAUUUUGUUUACCUUAGCUGGCUAGCUCGCUGCUAUAUUAAGAAUAAGAAACCGCAGAUGGCCUGGAAUCUCUAUCUGAAGAUGGAGACCUCAGCUGAGUCCUUUAGCCUUUUGCAGCUCAUUGCAAAUGAUUGCUACAAGAUGCGUCAGUUUUACUAUGCAGCCAAAGCGUUUGAUAUGCUGGAGAAACUGGACUGUAAUCCUGAACACUGGGAAGGCAAGAGAGGUGCCUGUGUGGGUAUCUUUCAAAUGAUCUUACUUGGCCAAGAAGCAAAAGAGACCCUGCGGGAAGUAGUGCAUCUUCUGAAGAGUACUGGUAAUUCUCAAGUAGAGUACAUUGUCCGUAUUAUGAAAAAGUGGGCCAAGGAGAACAGAGUCACAGUCUAA